AUGUCAAUUGCUCUCCAGAACACGGCGACACCGGUGGUGUUUGAUGGCUAUACCACGGCAAGGCAAUGGAUUAACUCUUCCACUGGUGGCCACAUACGUUGGGGUGUUCUCGCCAUAAUCGCCAAUUAUGUCGGAUCAUAUGCAAUGAUAAGCAAAUCAGCAGACCCAUUCUUCCAGCAGUUCAACAUGGACCGUGAAUCAUUGUUGAACCAAGUGCUCGAUGUGUCAGAUGUAUGCAAGGGAUUUUGCUGUGAAUACGAGGCUUUGGAUGACACAUUCCUCUGUGCGCUGUUUGAGCAAUACAACAUCACCAUAUAUACCAAGGGAGAAGCGUGCUAUGCGACAUACCGUAUUGGCGCCGAACUGAACAGUGCCCUUAUUACGAUGGGUCUUCACCAGGAGAUCAAAGCUGAUGCUCAAGUACCUUUCUUCCUCGCCGAACUGCGGAAAAGACUCCGAGCAUUAAUCUACAAAUCGGAAAUUAGCAUAACCACGUUCCUAGGCCGGCCACCGCGACUUUCGCAUCGUUAUAUGAACUUGGAGCCGCCUCUAGAUCUGACAGACGCGCAGAACUUACUGUGGCAAUUGCUUGUGGAUGAGAAUGGCUACAAUCGAGAUGGAGAGAUCCGUCAUGUCUCUUGGGUAGGGUCUUCUAUCAGCUUCACGGCAAGGAGAGAGGAUAUCCUAGAGCUAUCGUUGGGUAACUAUACACAGGAAGAGGUGCGACAAAAGGCAAUUGACAUUCAACCGGAAACUGAAGAACACUGGGCGACUCUGCCACACUACAUGUCGAGCAUAAAAGAAAGUAUCUUCGGCCUUGAGUCAGAGGAAGUCUCUGAUCUACACUUUCGAAAUGUCUUCCGUCAAGGUCCGCAGGUCAACUCACUUCUACUACAUCGCGUACUCAUGCGCAAAGCAGGCGCCGAUCCAGCAGAAUUAAUACGUACAGCACAGACAAUCCUGGGUGAUGUGAUGCGAACUUACAAACGUGUCGAAAUGUCCGCUGCAGCAUCCUUCAUCUAUUUUCUGGCGGUACAUGGAAUGCGCAGUGCGGUAAUACUAGCGAUAGAACCCUUGAAACAGGAACAACUUCCGGAAUACCCAAACGAGCCGCUAUUACCUCGAAGCAGGACAAUUCAGGACUUAUCGAUAUUUGCUGCUAAGCUUGGAGAGUUGGAUACAGUGUUUGGAGAUAAAAAUCUUUGCAAGAAGGGUCAAAAAGUAAUAACUCGGAUUCUUGAUAAGAUCUUGAGUCCGAACACCUCAAGUCCACAGUCUCACGCUUUUCCGAUACAGACACAGCAGCUUGAUACAAUGGCAAGGACGACUGAUAUGCUUCAGAACGCGCAUAUACUAGAGAACCCUACUUUCUUGAACGACUUUAGUUAUGAUAUAUCCGCACAGAUGUCAGGUCCAGAUUAUGAAUUCAGACAGUGGCUAGAGAGUAUGGGAGAGCAGAACUGGGACCUGUAG